GUCAAGGUCAUUAGGCAGAGGAUGGGAACGCCCGGCCUGGCAGAAUCUCGGCUGCAUUGCAGGGCCCUGGCUGUUCUCCAUGCCCGGGUCCCCCCGUUCCGCUCUGCUUUAAACGGGGCUGCAGCACAUAACUGAGCCCUUCCACAAAGAGACAGAGACAGGACAGAGCCUGGUACAGCUUGUCCACUCUGAAGAAUUAGCCAUCCACUUCACCCCAGGCAAACUUUACUCUAAGGAGCCUUUGCCUAUCUUUGAUCAAUCCUCUGGCUGGAGAUUUGGCUGCAUCAGAGACCCCAGAGCCAAUCUCCUGCUUCCCCAUCACCAUGGAGGCUUCUCUUGCCGCCUGCAUCCUCGCUGCUCUCCUGGCUACGGGGGCCUGUCUGCAGUGUGAGACUUGUGUUGGCCUAGGAAAGAGCUGCACGGGGAACCUAGAGACCUGCGCCUCUGGGCAAGACUCUUGUGGUGUCAUUUUUACUGAAGCCACGCAGGUGGGAGUGAACACCCAGAGCAUUAUCAAGACGUGUGUGAUAUCCAGCCAAUGUAAAGCUGGCCUUGUCUCGGUGAAUUUCGGGAAGGGAAUGACAACAAGGACGAGCAUUGCCUGCUGCGUGGGAGACGACUGCAGAACAACCACCGUUACAAUGCCCCCGGCCGACACCAAACCCAAUGGCCGGAGCUGCCGGGGCUGCUACUCUCUGACCUCUGAGCAAUGCCGUGAAGAGACCAUACAGUGCACUGGAUCCGAGACCCGAUGUGUCGACAUCACCCAGACCCUAACAACUGGCGAAAGACCAACACAGAUGGACAUAAAGGGCUGCGUUUCUGAGUCCUUCUGCGCCCAGUUACAAACGGGUUCAGGGACCAUCGCAGGGAUCGGGGUAGAUCUAAUCACAGCCAAAUGCACAGUGGCCUCCGGCGCGGCGGGCGUGACUCCGAGACCAGCCGGGCUUCUCCUCCCAGCCCUCGCUGGGCUCCUCCUGCUGAAGCUUCUCUCCUGAUUCUCCACCUGGUGCAAAGGCAACACUGUACUGAAAUCCACCCUGCAGCCUGCGUUAGUCCCUCCCGCCCACAGCGGUUCUUGGCUCCCGGGUGGACUCACAUUCCCUUGACGUUGCAGCACUGAAUAAAACACACUGGA